UUUUUUACGAACUCUAAAAUUGUUCUUUACUUGUUUAUGUUAUCAGCGUUGAUUACAGAUAACCCAGAUGUUUUACGAACUUGGAUGAUUCAGUAAGUUUGAGAGGAUGAUAAGAUGUUUUUUCUUGCCUUGAAUUGGAGUGUAUAUCUCACUUGUUAACACAGAAGAGAAUCAAAUAAUUGAAAUUCUAAUCUUUAAACUACAGUUUCCUUAGUAAAGAUAAAAUGGAUAGAAAAAAAUUUGAAGAGAUUCAGCCUCUUUGGAAACCGGAUGAAACUUAUGGAAGAGUUAUGAAGAAAUUCAAGAAAAGAAUCGCAGAAAAAUAUAAUGUUCCAACAGAAAAUUACUGGGACUUAUACGAUUUGUCCUUAGAUCAUAUUCCAGAAUUAUGGGCUGAAAUAUGGGAUUUUUCUGGAAUAAUUUAUUCAAAAUCAUAUGACAAGAUUGUGGAUUUGAGUAUUCCUCUUGAAAAACUACCUCGAUGGUUUGAAGGAGCUAAACUAAAUCUUGCUGAAAACUUACUGAAGUAUAAAGAUAAUAGAGUUGCAUUGAUUAUUGCAGGAGAAGAUAAGGAAACAGAAAAAAUGACAUUUUAUGACGUCUAUAAAGAAGUGGAGCUAUAUGCUGCUGCUUUUAGAAAAUUUGGUUUGAAGAAGGGAGACAUAGUUGUAUGUCAAAUGUCCAAUAGAAAAGAAGCUGUUCUUGGUAUGAUUGCUGUGACAAGCAUCGGAGCCAUAUGGUCAGGAGCUUUGCCUCUCAUAGGUGCUGAGGCAGUUCUUAAUAGAUUCAAGCAAGUGGAACCUAGGAUAUUUUUGACGGUGGAUCGUAUAUGUAACGAUAGGAAAAGUAUUGAAAUGCUGCCAAAAAUUAAAGAAAUCGUCGAAGGUCUACCAUCUCUAGAGAAGGUCAUUAUUGUACCUGCAAAAGAGGAUUCUCAUUUUAAAGAUAUAAGUGGAAUUAGAAACGGUUGCUUUUUAAAUGAAUUCCUUGAACUUGGACGGGAGAAAGAUGGAUCUGUUCCACCAAUACAGUUCGAACAGGUGUCUCCUGAUCAUCCUUUAUUUAUUAACUAUACAUCAGGCACAACAGGACUUCCGAAGCCUCUUGUACAUGGGAUCGGGUAUCUUUUGUCACUAUUUAGAGAUUUCUCUAUGCAUUUAGAUAUUGACAGAGAAAGUGUAUACUUUUCAAUGUCUCCGGUUGGCUGGGCAACUUGGAAUUGCUUCACGUCACUCUUGUUUGUGGGAGCGGCAGUAGUUGUGUACGAAGGAGUGCCUUUCUUCAUCAGUCCCACGUAUUUCUGGGAUUUGACGGACGAAUUGAAAAUGACCCACGUCUUUAUACCUGCCAGUAUAUUGGACGAAAUGCAAAAAAGGAAAUAUCUACCGACAAAAAAUCACAGUUUGGAGUCUUUGAAGGUAUUGAUGUCAGGCGGAAGUGUUGUGAAGUCACAACUUUAUGAUUUUGUUUACUCAAGUAUAAAAAAGGAUGUCGCCUUUGCAUCUGUUUUUGGUUCAACCGAAUUCUUGGGUUCCUGUUUUGUUUUGGAAUCAACUUUACCGAUUUACAAAGGAGAAAUUCCAGCUAUAAGUUUUGGUGUGAAUAUAGAGAUAGUUGACGAAACAGGUAAACCUCUUGAUUACGAAGUCGGUGAAAUAGUACUAACGAAACCAAUGCCUAACUUGCCAUUAUGUUUAUGGAAAGAUAAAGAUGGCUCUCUGGCCCGAGAAAAAUAUUUCUCCAAGUUUCCAGGAAAGUUUGGCAUAGGUGAUUACGGAGUAAUCAAUCCAAUUACAAGAGGUCUUACCAUAUGUUGUAGAAGUGACGAAACUUUGAAACAGCGAGGAUGCCGUUUUGGUAGUUCAGAGAUUUACAAUAUUGUGGAGCUUUUCCCAGAAGUGAGAGACAGUCUUUGCGUAUCUCAAUAUAACAAAACAAUGGAUGAAAGAGCAGUACUAUUCCUGAAGAUAAAAGAAGGUUACAGUUUCAGUGAAGAACUGGUCAACAGAAUCCGAGAAGCAAUAGCCAAUGAACUAACUGUCCGUCAUGUACCAGAUGUUAUUCUAGAAGUAAAAGAUAUACCGUACAAUGCGAAUGGCAAAAAGAUGGAGAUCAUGGUGAAAAAAAUCAUCAACAGAAUGCCUUACAAUGCAGAAACUAUUGUUAAUCCAGGCAGCUUAAAGUAUUUUGAAAAUGUACCUGAACUUCAAGGAUUUUGACAGCAUCUUUUAUUGGUAUAAAUAAAAUAUGCAUGAUUUUAAUAAAAAGGAAUAAAAACUGAUUUAUCACAGAA